UGAGUAAAGUUAACCUGUUAAUUUUAACCAUUAACAUUCUUAGGAUAACUUUAAAGAUACUCUUUCCUGUUGUCAUAGAUUUUGAAAAUAAAGAACAUUUUUAUGCCCAACCAUCCUAUUUCGUGUCAGGAUCAAAAUGAUCUUAAAAACAAGAAAAUUUAAAGUUCAAGUACCAGGAAUUUCCAAUAAUUUUCCCAUACAUUUGCCUACUGAAAAAUGAAAAAUCUAUUCGAAACGUUCUUGAUUGUCCAGCGAUUCCAUCUCUUCCUGUCACCAAAAGACUCUUUAAACCCAAUUCGAACUCAUCUACAAAACGGAAUAUUAUGGAGAUUUCAUUUUUGUCUCUCUUCUUUCAGUAUGAUGAAGUGAACGAGAUAAUAAACAUCCAAGCCACUGGCACCGUCAGUCUUGGGAGGUUGACUACCAAAGCGGUGAUCAGUUCCGCUUCCAACGGUGACGUCUACACGUGUGUCGGCACCUCAGGACUGAAACGACAUCUUGCUUCUACCUCUAUAUAUACUGUCGAAGAUGACGACGAAGGAAACCUGUUCACUCUUCAAUCUCUAUUCCGCAAGCCUUCGAAGCCAAUCAUAACAGAUUACUACAACGAAUUGUUCCAAGAUAUUGGCUCGAGCGUGGUGCUGCCGUGCCGACACAACAGUAACACCGCCACACAAGUAUUUUGGAUUGAUAACGACGACAAACCUAUAUUCGGGAACCCUAGAAUGAAGGUGCUACCAUCCGGAGAUCUCUUGAUAACCAACCUUCGCUGGGAAGACAUGGGCAAUUUCACUUGCACUGUCAAAAACGCAUACGGAAAGGAAUCCGUCGACACAUUUGUAUACCCCACUAAGAAACAGGUAAAUAAUAAAUUAAAAUAAUUUGUCUCCCUUUACUUAAAAAACUACUUUUAAUAAUAAAAAAAACUACUUAACUUUUACUUAGGUACGUUUAUAUAUUAUAUUGAAUAUGAAUAUUGCGGUUAGUUAUCUAAGCAGACGCAGCGAGUAUAUUUACCUGUUUACCGAUUAUUGUAUUGGGUCACCAAUUUACCGAAAUGUUAUAUGGUUUAUUUAUUAGUAUAUAGGUUGAUAUUUAACUUAUUGAUAAGUUUACUAUCUGACUCUAUUUAUACGAAGGAUCGGUAAAAUAAAUAAACGUGUUCACAGUUAUGAGUUUACUUUCAGACUAUUCGAUGUUGAAGUGCCACUUACAAAAUACAAAAUAUCAUAGAUAACGUUGCCACAGAGUGGUCGACAAAGAUUAUAAAACAGAUGUGCCACACCUGAAAUCAUUAAAUAUAAAAACUAUUUAAAAAAAGUUUAAUAUUUCUCAAAAAUUUCCUGGUGUCCAAAGACUCAACCACAAAAAGGUUUUCAUACAACACAAAAUUUCGAUUCUAAUAUUUCAUAUUCUUAACACCUUAAACGCCGCUAGCAUAGAUAAAUAUUGUAAUCUGUCACUAGGAACUUUUUCAUUGAUUUAAAUACUAUGAACUACUUAAGGCAGACGUUAUAAUGUAUUAUUAGAUUUUAUGAGUAAAAAUUUUUAUAAUUCAAAUUUAUGCUAUAAUUUAUAAUAUCCAACCGGAUUUUUAUUUUUUAUUUUAAUUCUUUUAUGUGUUUUUCUUCAGUGAAUCCACCAACUUGCCGAUAAACGAAGAAACCCGCCGAUAAAAAACGUGACAUAAUUUGAUGUUCCUAUACUAUAUAAGUUUAUUGAUAAAUAAUACUUAACUUAUUUUAGAGUUAGGUUUACUACAGACGACUGGAAUACUAAAUAUUUAUUUUAUUUAGUACUUAAGAUGUAUAUUUCAUUUUUAGAUAUAGAUGAAUAUACGGGCAGCUAAUCUCAAAGAGUUGAUUUAGUAAAAUGUUUCAAAUAAAUGUUUAAAUGUUAUGGUUAAAACAUUUUAAUUCAAACUCAUGUUAAUUAAUUGUUCUUUUUUUAUUUUAUACAAUAUGUUGCAUUAAUAAUACAGCCGUCAACUCAUGUUAUCUUAAUCAAUAUUUCAUAUUUUCUCUAAAUUCACUUAAUUCCUAUCAAUUUGAACUUUUGCUCAUAUAACCUUUUACAGAUUUGGUAAAAAGUAAAUUUAAUCUAUGAACUUUGAAUAUUUUAUAAACAAAUUUAUUUUUCACCAACUCGAAAAGAAAUCUUAACUUGAUUGGAACAUAAAUAACUUUCUAAAAGAAUUUCAUUCCGUGUAUCCCAGAAAGGCGAUGCUUUGAAAAAAAAAAAUCUCCUACAUUUAUGUUUAUUAAUGUCAAGUAGUGAUUUAGAUAAGUUUUAAUAGCGACUGAAUUUUUGUAAAAAUAAAAAGAGUCAGUAGGACUGAAAGACAAUUUAAAACUUCAAAUUCUUCUUUUUCUGACACCUAUAAAUUUAUAAUAAAUAUGAUGUUUCAUUAAUGAUAUGAGUAUGACACAAAUGUAUACCUACUUAUCAUCAUAUUUAAAAUAACUGAAUUAAGCAGUUCUUUAUUUUAUUGUCGAUACAAUUUCUAUGUCAAUAAUAAAUCGUAAAACAAUUUUAAUACAAUUCCUUUUAAAAAGUCACGAGGUCUAAGUACGGCUAAGAAGUCAUAAACGUUACCAAAAGUUUGAGAAACACUGUCCUAAUAUAUUUUUACUUAGUUCGAACACCAGUAUCACAAUGCUUAAAUUUAAGAUUUAUUUUGUAAUUAUUUUUAAACUGUUGUACUUAAUGUUAUAAUUUACAUUGUUUUAUAAUUUAAUUUAUUAGUAUAUAAUUCAGGAGAACGAUUUUUUUAUUUUAAAUUAGUUAUAUAUGUGUAUAAAUGUUGUGUUAGUUCGUACAAUACAUGGUUUUCUGUGAUUUGAUAUUUAAUAAAUGUUUUAUAAUAGAAGUUCUAGUUCAUUUAUUUUGUACUUGUCCAUAAACUUUUAUUACUAAAUUUCUCUAUUCCGAUUAUCCUGAUCAGAGGCCUAUUUACGUCCCCACUCA